ACAGAGUUUCCCUCGCAGAAAUGCCAGUGCGAAUGCCAGUGCGAACCACCAGGUUGAUGUACAGGGGAAUUUGCACUAUUCCAGAUAUCCUGUCAUACCGGACCCCCAUUAACCUGCCUGAGGAUGAGGUGGAAGAGAUCCGCGAGGCCUUCAAGGUGUUUGACAGAGAUGGAAACGGCUACAUAUCAAAGCAGGAGUUGGGGGUYGCCAUGCGGUCGCUGGGAUACAUGCCUAAUGAGGUGGAGCUGGAGAUUAUUAUCCAAAGGCUGGACAUUGAUGGUGAUGGCCAGGUUGACUUUGACGAAUUUGUUGCACUGCUUGGACCAAAACUUAUUGCUGCUGGGAUGCCUGAUAAGUUCCAUGGGGCGAACUUUGACUCUGUGUUUUGGAAGUGUGACAUGUCGAAGCUAACGGUAGAUGAGCUGAAGAGGCUGCUGUAUGACACGUUCUGUGACCACCUCACCAUGAAAGACAUUGAGAACAUCAUCAUGACCGAAGAGAGCCACCUGGACAACCAAGUGUGCCAAGUGGACAUUGACACGAGCCCGACACAACAGGUGAAGCACACUUGUGUGCGGAAGAGUCUGAUUUGUGCUUUUGCCUUUGCAUUUAUCAUCAGUGUAAUGCUUAUUGCAGCUAACCAGAUGCUCCGUAGAGGUAUGAAGUAGAAAGUCCUUCACUACCAGAGGGGAAAAUAGUUUUCUUCAUUGUCCUUUCACACUCAACCAGUGACUAAGCAGAGACAAAUUAAACUGAAAAAAAAGAACCAAAAUGACAUGGAUUUUCUUUGAUUCAGAGACACACUGAGUGUACAAAACAUUAAGGACACCUUCGA